AUGAAUGCUGAUAUAGUGUCUGGUAAAAUUGUGUACUGUGACACAAUCUGGGAUGGUUCUGGUGUUCUUCUAGCUAAUGGUGUUGGAAACAUCAUGUCCGACGUAAACGUUGAAAAUCUCGACGUCGGCUUCAGCUGGCCUCUGCCAACUUCACUCAUCAGCCCCUCAGAAGGGAAGAGCGUUCUUGAAUACAUUAGAAGCACAGAGAAUCCCAUUGCAACCAUUUUCUUCACUGAGGCAUGGAAAGACGCCAUGGCUCCCGAUGUUGUUUCAUUUUCUUCCAGAGGGCCGAGCCCCAUCUCUCCAGACAUUCUCAAGCCUGACCUCACAGCACCUGGUGUGGACAUUCUGGCUGGAUGGUCUCCUCUGUCACCAUCCUCAAUCUACUAUGGCGACACGAGAAGCACACUCUUCAACAUCAUUUCUGGCACAUCCAUGUCUUGCCCUCAUGCCAGUGGUGCUGCCGCCUACGUCAAAGCUGCUCACCCCAAUUGGUCGCCGGCUGCCAUUAAAUCAGCCCUCAUGACUACAGCUUAUGUCAUGGACCCGUCUAAAAGUGAGGAUCUUGAAUUUGCGUAUGGUUCGGGCCAGAUCAACCCAGCUGCUGCAGUCGAUCCUGGACUUGUAUUCGAUGCAUCAGAAGCAGACUAUGUCAACUUCCUCUGCAAACAGGGAUACAACAGUUCCACUCUGAGGCUAGUGACAGGAGAUAACAGCACUUGCGACGGUAUAAAACCCGGAAGAGCAUGGGAUCUUAACUACCCUUCAUUCUCACUAUAUGUUGAAGACAACCAGCCGAUUGCCGCCACCUUCACCAGAAAAGUAACCAACGUUGGUGCACCAAACUCAACCUACGCUGCUAUCUACGACAUAGGAGCAUUCUUCGGCGCGCCAACACAACAUCUGUUUAACAUUACAAUUGAACCCUCCGUCCUAAAAUUCUCAGCAGUUGGAGAAACCCAAACAUUCACAGUUAAUGUCACUGGACCAGCCAUUUCACAGCAGCCAAUCACCUCGACUGCAAUCUACUGGGUGGAGGAAAAUGGAACGCAUUUGGUCAGGACGCCACUUGCAGUCUACAACUACAUCCCUGGCGCUCCUUACAAUCUUGACGAUGAUUCGGUAUCUGCAUCUCCCCGCCGUUCUUCUGUAUACCAGAAAGUUGGAGGCGUUGCACAUCGCAAACCACUUCCAUAG